AUGGCGCCUCUCGCGCUCUUCCCGCCUUUUUUUCCCGCCCCCUACCUCAGCGCGGUGGGCGGAGCGAGGUUUAGCCCCGCCCCCUCCGCGGGCAUCGCCUCCCAUUUGGAGGCGGGAUUUGAGGGGGCUGACAACCAAUCAGGGCAGCGAGGGAGAGAAAAGCGGUUGCUGAUAGGGCGAGCUCCGCGCGGGCGGGCCAAUCAGAGCGAGACACGGGACUCUUUGCGUUACCGCCCCUUCGUGCGAGGCAGUUCGGACCGUACCAAGUGCGGGAACGGAGGAGCCCCGAAAUGGGGCUGGGGGCUCUCAGCCCCCCCCCCCGGCCCCAGAUUGGGGUUCUUUGAGGGUCUCUCCCUGCAGGUUUUGUACAUCCAGGCCUUCGUGUUGGUGUUCCUGCUGGGGAAAUUCAUGGGCAAGGUGUUUUUUGGGCAGCUGCGCGCGGCCGAGAUGGAGCACCUGAUGGAGCGCUCCUGGUACGCCGUCACCGAGACCUGCCUGGCCUUCACUGUUUUCCGUGACGACUUCAGCCCCCGUUUCGUGGCCCUCUUCACCCUCCUCCUCUUCCUCAAAUGCUUCCAUUGGCUGGCCGACGACCGCGUGGAUUUUAUGGAGAGGAGCCCCAACAUCUCCUGGCUCUUCCAUUUCCGCAUCAUCUCCCUCAUGUUCCUGCUGGCUGUCCUGGAUUUCCUCUUCGUCAGCCACGCGUAUCACAGCAUCCUGACCCGCGGCGCCUCGGUCCAGCUGGUUUUCGGCUUCGAGUACGCCAUCCUCAUGACCAUGGUGCUCACCAUCUUCAUCAAAUACGUGCUGCACUCCAUCGACCUGCAGAACGAGAACCCGUGGGACAGCAAGGCCGUCUACAUGCUGUACACGGAGCUCUUCACUGGCUUCAUCAAGGUCAUCCUCUACAUGGCCUUCAUGACCAUCAUGAUCAAAGUCCACACCUUCCCUCUCUUCGCCAUCCGCCCCAUGUACCUGGCCAUGAGGCAGUUCAAGAAGGCGGUGACGGACGCCAUCAUGUCGCGCCGCGCCAUCCGCAAUAUGAACACGCUUUACCCCGAUGCCACCCCCGAGGAGCUGCAGUCCAUGGACAACGUCUGCAUCAUCUGCCGCGAGGAAAUGGUGACGGGGGCGAAACGUCUGCCCUGCAACCACAUCUUCCACACCAGCUGCCUGCGCUCGUGGUUCCAGAGGCAGCAGACGUGUCCCACGUGUCGCAUGGACGUCCUCCGUGCCUCCCUGCCCCCUCAGCCGCCCCCUGAAGCCGCAGAGCAGAACCCGGCGCCGCCUCAGAGCCCUCCGGGCGCUCAGCCCCAAAACUUCCCACAGGGGACUCCCCCGUUCCCCCCGGGGAUGUUCCCGCUGUGGCCGCCCGUGGCUCCGUUUCCUCCCAUCCCCGGUGCUCAGGGACCCCCCAACGCCGAGAGCCCCGCUGCUGCUGCUCCAGCCACUUCCAGAGCCGGGGAAGGCAGCGCUUCGGGUUCGGACGGCGCCGCGGCGCCGGGCUUUGCUCUGCCCCCCCCGUGGAUGGGGAUGCCCUGGCCGCCCAUUUUUGGUGAGUGGGGGCGGUUUUGGGGUCAGGCUGUGGGGUUUUGGUCCCAUUUUCUCUUGGCCCCUUCACCCUGCGGGGUUCGGGGUUCGUUUUCUCCCCAGCCUUCAUCCCUAAAUCCUGCAGGGUGUCGGGGUUCAUCCAUGGGAUUCCUUCUUUAGCGUCCACCCCCCCCG